UCGAAGUGGUUAUGCACAUGCAAUAAAGAAAAAGCUCGCAUUUUGUGACAACAUUGAACGUCGAUGUCGUAGUGGAUAUCGAUCGAGGGGAAACGCACGUCUAAAAGCCGACGGAAGGAUUCUAUUCCAGUAAAUCUUUUAGCGAGCUUAACGAUUUUCGUCGGUCUAUUUUUGCAAGAAACAAAAACACCGCCGGAGUACUGGGAACAUCCCUCGUGGGACAAGAAAGAAGACGAAGCGUGCAUGCUGAGGCGACCGACGUUUAGUAGCCCAUCCAAGAUCGGCUGGGAAGUCCUUAUGGUAGCUGAGGGGCGCGGACGAUCCUUCCCGAGCGAGAUCCGAGGGCUGAAGGGCUGGCCCCGUCGUUGGAUCCACUCGGCCAUCACCUAUAUUUAGAAGAACCAUGACCGAUAGAAACGAAAAUGUUCUGCGCGAAAGGGAGGAUGGAUCGAACGGGGACACUGUAUCGUACAAGUCUGCACGUAAUUGGAACAACAACGACAUUCCUAGCAACGGUUCGGCGAACGUGAUCAAAAAGGACGAAUUGAGCGCGAAGGAUCGAAGCUACGAUCAUCAGAGGGAUCAAAGGAAUUCAAAUUAUCGAGGAUUGAGGAAGGCCCCUAUCGUCGGAUGGCAAAAUGGAAGCCCCACCGUAUUUCCGAGCACACCGUGCCUCACGCCCGAUCCAGACACCGUCGACGCGAUCGAUUUCUCCCGUUCCCACAGCAUCGCCUCGUCCACGAAAAGUUCAGGGAUCUGUCAGGACUCCGGCAACACCGAGGACCUCAGCAGCCUGGCCGACGAGAAACUGCUCCAAUCCACUCCCGCCCGCACCAUCGACAGAAGCGUGGAGUCCCUGUCGCCCGACAAAGACACCUUCCUGACUACCUCGCCGGAAAUAGGUAGAAGCAAGGACCUCAGCUUGGGGGACGAUUUGGAGGACAAGAUCGAUUUACUGAGCCCCGGGACCGACUGUACCGAGGACAGGCUACCGGCCACGCCUAUCGAUAACAGCUACCUGACCUCGCCGAAUCUCACGAUAGGGGCCAGCCCUACCAAUAAAAGCGAUUUGGACUGCCAAGCGGCGCACCCGUUCGAUGGAAGCGACGUGCCGGUCGAUCGAAACAAGAAUCUCGAAUCGAAAGCGAUAAUCACGUCGAACCCGGGUUAUCGCGAGGACGACUCGAGGGAUUCCAUCGAUUCCGACAGCGCGUUGGACUUGGAGGACGAGACGACCACGGCGAUCAAAGACGCGCAAGGGAAGCCCAAAGUACCGGACGGCGGUUGGGGCUGGGUGGUCGUGUUGGCGUCCUUGGUAAUUUCCAUGAUAGCGGACGGGGUAUCGUUCAGUUUCGGCCUCCUCUACAUCGAAUUCCUUCACGAGUUCGGCGCGUCCAAGUCGAAGACGGCGUGGAUCGGCUCGUUGUUCAUGGCGGUGCCGUUGCUCUCGGGCCCCAUCAUGUCCGCCCUCGUCGAUCGUUACGGAUGCAGGAGCAUGACCAUAGUCGGCGGCCUGAUAUCGGGGUUCGGGUUCGUGUUGAGCUGCUUCAGCAACACCAUCGAGGUAAUGUACUUGACGUUCGGAGUCAUAGCGGGUCUAGGUCUGGGUCUGUGCUACGUCACCGCGGUCGUGAGCAUCGCUUAUUGGUUCGACAAGAAGCGAACGUUAGCUGUAGGUCUCGGUGCAUGCGGCACCGGUAUCGGGACGUUCGUCUACGCGCCUAUGACGACGUUCUUCAUCGAGGAGUACGGCUGGCGUGGCACCUGCCUGCUUCUGGCAGGCACCUUCUUCAACAUGAUCGUUUGCGGUGCGGUGAUGCGCGAUCCCGAAUGGUGGAUCCUCGAGCAGCAGAAACAGAACGUCACCACGCCGAAAAAAUCCAUCACCAAGUCCGAGUGCGACAGGUCCACCGGCAGUCCCGUGGACGACUUCCCCGGUGUCGAGGAGCUCAGGAGGAUGCUGAAGAACGACCACGCGCCCGAGUAUUUGUUACAGAUUCUCAGCACCACCACGGAGGAUCCCCACGAAGCGAAUGGCGACAUCAAGUUCAGGAGCGUCGUUAAUCUGCCCACGUUCGUCAAGCACAACGAGAAGGUGCCCGUGGAGGUAUUGGAGCUACUUUCCAGUAAUCCGAGGCUGUACAAGGUCAUUCUGGAGAACUAUCCCAAUCUUCUAGCAUGUAGAAGCUGUUCGGACAAAAAUCUACACAAUUCCGUGGGAGAGAUUGGGAACAAGGGCGUCGUCACGAUGUCAAUGAGGAUCAAGCAAGCGAACGACGAACCGAAGGUUGACGAUUCGCAAGUAGCAAGCAACGUUCACUCAGGAUCUGUGUCCGGUCCCAUAAAAAAUCACGUAACUAGAAAGAUAUCUAAAAAAGAAUCCGAAGAGGCUAAUCCUUUAUUAGGCAAAGAGUUCGAACAUGCAAUGGCCGAAGGACGAAAAGCAAAAUCGGUGUCGAAACAACGGAUUGGAGAACUAAACUGUGGUAUCGUCAGAACGGACUCGCUUCCGUGGCUGAGGAGGCAAUUUAACACGAACACUCACUAUUUCAAAGACAUCCGAGUCCACAGAAACUCUGUCAUGUACCGAGGCGCUGCCCUAAACUUGCACAAGUAUAGAUUAAGGGCCAGUAGCUGCCCCGAUAUUUAUAGGAAUAGUAUGACUACAUUGGCGAAGGAAAACGAAGAGAAGUGGUACGGCGAGCUGUUGGACUUACUGAAGGGUAUGAUGGAUUUCUCAAUGUUCCUGGAGCUACACUUUUUAUUGUUAUCGCUGUCAACGAUCUUGUUGUUUACUUGGUUUAUCGUGCCUUAUUUUUAUCUCGCCGAACACCUUACUAGAAACAGUUAUUCCGAAUCCGACGCUGCGAAUCUCCUUAGCAUUAUUGGCAUCACCAAUACGAUAGGAAUGAUCGGUCUCGGUUGGGCUGGAGAUCAACCCUGGAUGAACGUCAGCAAAACGUACACUUGGUGUCUAGUCGCUUGUGGUAUAGCAACGAUUCUAAUGUCGAUACUAACGCCUUAUUACAAUCUGUUGAUGGCCGCUUCAGCGGCGUUCGGUCUCUUUUUCGCGAGCAACUUUAGCUUCACGCCGGUUAUACUCGUGGAGCUGAUACCAUUGGAGAGAUUCACCACUGCCUACGGCCUUAGUUUGUUGUGCCAAGGUAUUGGAAAUCUUCUUGGGCCGCCGCUGGCUGGCUGGUUAUUCGAUGUUACGAAUUCGUGGGAUCUGUCUUUCCACAUGGCUGGUGGUUGGAUCAUUCUCUCCGGACUUUUGGUAGGGCUGAUCCCUUACACGAAGAACCGAAAGAUUUGGGGCAAAGGCCCGAUGGAAAUGGACCGUGACAAGGAUUGUUUAGCUUAAAUUCGUUAUUAAGUUUAAAAAGAAUAGACGAUGAAAUUGUUGGAUCGAUCUUUCUCCCUGUAUUGAUUAUACAGCUGUAAACGUUUCAAAAUUGUUACGGCGGCGGAUUCAAACUAUGAAACAAACGGUCGGGAUUUGAGAUGAAUAUAAAGGUACUUAUGCUUCGUUUCGGUUCGAUCUUUGAUUGUUGAUUGUUACGUUAAUUUCCCUUUGAUCCACGUGCAAUUACGUAGUUACAUUUUGUAUACAGUGAUAGUUUCAGUACUUAUUGGUCAGUAACAAUAUUUACAAAAUGUAUCAUACACUGAAUGUACAUAUGUUGAUAGUGUAGAGUUAUUUAAAUUUUAAUAUGAUAUAGUCAAUUGUGUUUAGUACGUAGUAGAAGAGGCAUAGAAAUCGAUUACUUUUGGAAUUGCGCUAUGAGAGCUAGAAUCGCGAUUACGGAAUUGACAGGACUGAACGAAGAAACAAUGAAAUAUGGAAACAGUUCAACGAAUUUUUUACAUAGUCGUAUUACACGCUUCGAACAAUUUACCUAUCUAUACAAGAAUAAUAAGUUGGAAUCCUUAUCGUUACUAAAUCUCAUUAGAUAUCGUGUAUGACUAAUUUUUUGUUUCAUUAAAUGAACAAAGCAAUCUUAUCUAUCGGUUCAACGAAAUUAGUGAUUCGGGGUUUGAUUAACACGCGCAAUUCACAUUAUUUAAGCAUCGAACGUUACAAAGAUAUAUCCUCCGAUAAAGUAGCGAUAUUGUGUACUAUUUCUUUCGGACACUACGCUGUAACGUUACCCUAAAUUUUUAUAUCAACGUGUUCACUUUCACGAGCCAGCAAACGACGUUUCCCUUCGAAAUUUAUUUUCUAUCUAGUCAUAAACGUAUUCACGAUUGAACGACGAACAGCUGCUUUGCUAACUAUUCGCAAACGCUGACAGUAUGCGUGCGCAUCAAUCAUCAUAUUGUGUAUUAUCUUUACUUUGUGCUCAUUAUCAGUCAUCAAAACGCGCGAAAUCUGCGACUGACGCUGCUGCAUCGUUGUUUCAACGUUAGGAAAACUUGAAACACAGUACGAGCGCGCGUGUCUGUGAAAACUAGUUAAGAAAGUAACCGAUAACGAAAACAAUUAGUAAUCGAUACAGUUCUAAACUUUUGCCUUAUAAUGUUCAAUGGAAGUAACAAGUUGAAGAAUCAAAACCUUACUCGUAACAAUGUAAAUGAUGCAGUAACUUUUGCAUUGUUGUAACGAAACGUCCUAACUGUGAUUAUAUCCAUUUUUAGGGGAAAAGAAUUAGAAAGGUUUCGGGAUUAGGCUGUACAUCCGCGUAACGAGUAUUCAGGACAGCUUAAACGUAAAACGGUAUUAUUAAAAAUAGUGUAUUACCGGUUUUCUUCAAGCUCGAUGUUACCGAGUUGUAUACACGGAAUUACAAAAAACAGAAGAAAAGAUUUUAGUCAAUUUUUCGAUACUUCUCUACAGAUUUUUGAGGUAUUUAAACAUAGACAAAUUUUAUGGUACAGUUGAAACGCGAUACAACUAUAAUAAUCGUGACUUUACUGAAACAUUUUCCGGUGUUCAUGCUUUCGUAUAAACGCUCUGUUUCUGAAUACUUAAGAAGCCAAUUAGAAAUUACUUAAUUACCUGCAAUGCAGGGUGUUCGGCCAUCCCUGGGAAAAAUUUUAAUGGGAGA